AGGGAAGCCGUCCUUAUCUGGGUGGCCGCAGAGAGUGUGAUUAUAAAUCAUUUUCUCUUCAUGAAUGUGUUCUGUAUGGUCAAAAAAGUGUGUGACCAGGAAGUUUAUUCGUUUUUUAUCAUCAAUUCUGUUUCCUGGUGCUCGAUAUCACUUCACUGGUGGAGACUUGAGCAGAAAAGUGUUUGUAUUAAUUGCAGUCCCAAGCCAUCAUCAUGGUGAUGAUAUACACAGUGUAGCUUUAGGAUGUCUGGGUGGGGUCAUCCUGAGCAGCAGUUAGUGGUUUUAAAAGUGAUGUGAAUAUCGAACCAGAAGUAGGGAAUCAGAACGGAUCGAGCAGAUCUGAAGAGGAGAAGGGUUCAGGAUCCCUGGUAUAUCAGAAGGAGAGGCUGAGAAAGUGAGAAGGAUUCCCCAAAUUUCCAUCCGUCUGUAGUGCUUAUCUUACACAGGGUCAAAGGGAACCUGGAGUCUAAGGUUACCAAAGCAUCACAAACCCUUCCUCAGGUUCUUAAUUUACCUCAAAAUGUUAUACGGCUGAAUCAUGAAUUUCAUGGCUGCAAGUUACUACAAUAUUAAAACACUUGGUUAACAUUUUAAUUUGGUUAACCUACUCUUAUUGUAGCUGUCUGUGGUUGUAUGGUUUUCAUGUUUCGUUUCUUUUUGCCCCAUUACCUAUUGAGAAAUAUUUAGAUCAGUAAGAAACUGGGAGAAAAAAGAAUUUUUUCCUACUGUGAAUCCUCCAUGUUUAGUUAAAUGUCUCUGUUUUGUGUUGGUGAUGCAUCAUGGGAACAACAUCGCGUUAAGUAUAAAAGGAAAGCACAGUGCGGAAAUUAAGCUUGAUGAUAUACAUGAUGCAAGUAGAGAGAAAGGAAGUGAUACAGUUGUAUGUCAUUCCAUCACCUGACUUCAAGUGACCUUAUUAAAAAAAACCCCUUUGCUGUCUCUUUACUGAGAACCAUGAAGCAGAAGCACAUCUAUGGUAAUGUUACCCCAAUGUCUGUGAAUGACGAAGCCCCAGGAAGCGGUAAAAGGGGCCAUCGUUUGGCGGUCUCUCUAUCUGUUCUCCUCUUCCUCUCUCUGAUGGCCAAUGGUCUUCUAACAUAUUUUUAUGUUAAACUCAAAUGUCCUUCAGACGCUCACACUUUGCCUGGGCAGGAUGGGAAUUACUCAGCUGGAGAACGUAUCAGACGAUGCUCAGCUGGAGAGCGUCAAAUACAGUACAAAAACAGACUCUACAUUUUCCCUACUGAUGAAAUGAGCUGGAUUUCUAGUAGAGAGAAAUGUCAGGAAUUAGGGGGAGACCUGGUGAUCAUCAACAGCCAAGAGGAACAUAGGUUCCUUGUUGGUGCGAUGAACAAAUUUAUCAAUUCCCUGCACUGGAUUGGUCUGAGAAAUGUUGAAAAUCAGGGCAGGUGGCUGUGGGUAGAUGGAACACUUCUGAUGCAAAAUCUCUCCUGGUGGAAGGACACUGGAGUGGACAGCGAAUCAGAAAGAGAAGACUGUGUGGGUUAUUACGAUGGGCAAUGGGUGGAUCUGCCCUGUUCAACAUCAGAAAGGAGGAUCUGCGAGAUCACUUGCACUCACUGAGCACUGAGUGACUCUUGAUUUCUCUUUGACUUUUUUCUUUUUUAAUUAAUAAACUUUUAUCAUUAAAUGUAUUACAUUUAUUAGCAACAACUGCACAUGCAUGUAAAUAUCGAAUCAGCCAAUCAUGUGGCAAUAGAGUUUUAAGUAAUCCUCACAUCAAGCAUCAAAUAUGAGAUCAGAAGUGUGUUCCAUGUGACUUUAAUCACGGCAUAGGGGUUUCAAUGUGUUCACGCUUGUAGGCUUGCAUGUUUCUUUUUCACACCUUUCUCUAUGAAACCACCAGCCUAUCUAAUACCAGCAAUCUUGCCACGAUCAAGUCACAUUUUUUCAUUUACAUUCUAUAUGAUAAUUAACAAAAGAUCUUAACUUGUAUUUACACGAUUUUAUAGAAUGUCCUAUUAUUAUCUACACUCUGUGAGCACAUUAAUAGGAACACUGUAUGUGUACAUUAAUACUGAUUGGGACCUCGAUUUGCUCUCAAAUCAGCAUCCAUUCUUCAUGACACAGAUUCUACAAAUCACUGGAAACAGAUCUUUGAAAUUCUGGUCUAUGAUUCACUUCCUGGUAAAAUGUAGCCAUGAAGGGAUGCACAUAUCCAUGAUUUAUUGGUAUUAAGCAUCUAAAGUGUGCCAGCAUUCCCCAAGCCAUUACACCACCUCCACAAGCCAGGACUGUUGACAGAUUGGCUGAUUGGAUCCAAGGAUUCAUGCUUUAGGCACCAAAUUUUAACUCUACCAUCUGGCUGUCUCAGCAGACAUAGAGAUUCCCCAGACCAGUUUCUGUUCUUAGCUGAUAGAAGUGGAACCCGAUGUGGCCUUCUGCUGCUGUAGCACAUCUGCUUUAAUGUUUGACAUGCAGUGCAUCCCAGAAUGGCACUAGCACCGAAGACUUCUUCUAUCAAUGGAAAGUUCUGUCAAAAAUUAUUCACUUUUCUUUUGGCAAAUAAUAUACACUUCAUUAAGUGUAGAGUAUGUUCUGCAUCAAGCAUUUAUCCUGUGAUUUGAGUUUAGAACAUCUUCUGACCAAACAGAUUCAAGAUUUUAACAGCCAUGUUGUAUAAUUUAUUGUAGCUGCUUGAUUAUACUAAAUAUGUACUAUCUGAUACAUUCGAUAAAUAAAUUGUACCUCUGCUUUAGAUUGUCUGUAAGGAUACACACAUAUUAUAUUAUGUCAAACCAUGUUUAUGCAAUAAAUGAGGAAAUGGGCUGUACCCCUGACGUCCUCUAUAUCAGAGCCUUCUGUCGUAUAUAUAUAUCUGUAUUUUCAUUCUGAAGCACCAACUCUGAAGGGUUACGUACUGCUGUGAGACAUGAGCGUGGGUGAGAACAUCUACCAAAAUGCUAUUCCUAACAGAGAGGAAAACCAAAAACCACAAAAAAGUCAUCUUCUUAUUGGAAGUCAUAAGAAGCACAGGGUUCUGUCACUGAUCUCUAUAGCUAUCCUUCUUCUCUCUCUGAUGGCUAAUGUGCUUCUUGCCUAUUUCUAUUGUAAACUUAAAUGGGCCCAAGUGACUGUUUCUGAGAAGAUUGGGAACUUCUCAGCUGAAGAUAUAUAACAGACAACUGAAGCUGAAAAUCAACACAUCAUUUACAAGGAGAGAGUCUACAUUAUAUUCGGUGAUGAAAUGAACUGGAGCUCCAGCAGAAACAGCUGUCAGAAACUGGGAGGAGAUCUAGCCAUCAUCAACAGUAAAGAAGAACAUGAUUUUAUCAGUGGUUUGGUGUCCAAAAUGGCUUCUUCUUUGUUCUGGAUUGGUCUGACGGAUGCUGAAAAUGAAGGGGUGUGGCUUUGGAUAGAUGGGACACCUCUGAAUAAAAAUCUUUCGUGGUGGAAAUAUACACCAGAUGAUUGGAAUCAAUACGACCCACUAGGAGAGGACUGUGUGGUUUAUUAUGAAGGGGAAUGGGCAGAUGUAUCUUGUUUAACCUCAUAUAUGAGAAUCUGUGAACUCAACAAUCAGUCAUUUUUAAACUAAAUAUGAUUUUCAUCUACUACAGUUGGAUUGACAUUUAUCUGCUGUAAUUUUUUUUUACCUUUUCCCUCACUGGAUAUAUUGUUUUCUCACUUUUUUGCUUUCAGAAUGUGCUGAAGCUUCCAAUAAAUUUUUUAUAAACUCUGGUGCAAAGAGAUAAAUACA